GGACCGCAAACUGCUUGUAGUGACCACCUAGGUUGGGAAGCGUGCAACACUGCAACAGCUGCGUGCCCUAGACCUUCUCCACUUCUGCUUUGAAAGCCGCAGCCUUGGAGAAGUUUUCCUUGAAAGAGCAAGAUGUUCCUGGUAAAUUGGUUUUACGGAGUUCUUAACUACUUGGGACUUUACAACAAGAACGCGAAGAUCCUCUUCCUGGGUCUGGACAAUGCUGGCAAGACGACGCUGAUGCAUAUGCUCAAGGACGACCGCGUGGUGCAGCAUCAACCCACACAGUAUCCUACGUCCGAAGAGAUUCAAUUGGGCGGUAUCAACUUUAAAGCGUUCGAUCUUGGCGGUCAUGAGAUUGCCCGCCGUGUAUGGAAGGAUUACUAUGCAAAGGUGGACGCUAUCGUGUACCUUGUGGAUUCAGCGGACCGUGAGCGGUUCCCUGAGGCAAAAAAGGAGCUCGACGGUCUUUUGGGCGAUGACUCACUAGGCACGGUUCCCUUUCUCAUCCUGGGCAACAAGAUUGACAUCCCAACCGCUGCUUCCGAGGAUGAGCUCAGGAACUGGCUGGGCUUGACUUACACCACCGGCAAGGGCAAGGUGAACCUCAGCGACUCGAAGAUUCGGCCGUGCGAGGUGUUUAUGUGCUCAGUCGUCAAGCGCAUGGGGUAUGGUGAAGGCUUCCGGUGGCUCAGCCAGUAUAUUAAGUGAGUGCAGCAGGUAUUGCAAUGAGGGCGUUUGUGAGAGGUGUUGCGUCGGUAUAACGCUCCCGGGGCUAGAAACAGGUUCUCGCGGCGUAGUGUGCUGUUGGUGAAGACGACGUGAGGGUGUUAUACCUGUGGGUUGUGCUGCUCUCUGGCCCUGUGCGCUGCAAUGCUAAUGGCAGACUGUUGUAAACGUUCCCGAGCGGCGGGGGCACAUAACUCGGCGUUACGGCUCGUUUCGCACAUGGCGGACUGCUACGCAGUCAAACGUGUUCCAUUGGCGGCAUGUACGUGUUUAGCGGUUUGUUGGCAGUAUGGGACUGGUGGCAGGGAAUUUUUGUGUCGUUAAGCCUGUGUAUAUCGGCGUGACUGGCUGGACAUGAACAAGCAGCGUGUGAACUUGCGUUGCAAUGUCCUGGAGCUUGGUUUGUAACAUGCGAGACAGAUUUG